AAUCACCACAGCCUCGUUAAGUAGAAAGAAGAGACGUUGUUAAACGCCCCAUGUGGGCACAAGAGAACUAAAUAAAUCAACAUUAUACAUCAAUUAAUGCAGACCCAUUUUCAAGAUAUAAUUCCUCUGUUGAAAGAGGAAGUUGUCAUCUAUUCAGUGAAUACCACCAUUCCAACUACGUCUCAAGUCAAGUGGAGCGAUGACGACUAUUGCUACGGAUGAAAACCUAUUCUCAAAAGCCUUGAAGGGUUGGAAAGAUCAGCUCCGACCUAAAGACAGGAGGGGCAAAUUCUAUGAGCGCGUCAUAGAGAUUCAAGCGGCUUCUAUGAACUUAAGUGCUAAUGAAGAAGUCGAAGUUUACGCCCAAGAAUUGAAAGAUUUCCUAAAAAGGUAUGAGAAAGAGAACAAAUUGAGCAGGAUAUGUUCGAAGAUCCGCCCGCUAGUCGGGUCGUUAAAGCGCUUGAUGAUGGCAGGCAUACACAUCGGCCAGAGCACUACGAUGGGUUCGGGGGGAGCAGUCUUUGGCGGUGCUCUACUCCUCCUGGAACUCUCGAAAGAUCACGAGGGGACGUUUAGUAAGAUGGGCGACCUCAUGCACGAUAUCGAUGUGAGGUUGUUCUGCAAUGAUAAGAACCAGGCCUCCUUUAGAACAUCUAAGAAGAUGCAGGAGAUGCUCGUCGAAGACUAUACGACGAUUAUCAACAUCUGGCACCGGGCAUCUAUUAUUCUCGGCCGGUCGACCUGGAGAAACCUGGGAAGCAGCCUGGUCAAGUCCAUUUCCGAAGAAUGGGAUGAAUACCUGAGGAAGCUAGAGAAGAAUGCGAGGGACAUGAGAAUGAUAGCCGAAGCGAUUGCCACCAAAGAGGCACGACAUCGCAAAAUAGCCAAGUGGAUCGCUGGCGGACAAAAGCACGACAAGUUCGAUUUCCGGAACCGAGGCUAUCAAGACCGAACCUGUACCUGGAUCCUGGAGGACGAGAGAUUCAAACGCUGGUGCUCAGAUGCCAGCAUCACAAAUCAAGUCGUGUGGUAUAAUGCUCCUCCGGGGUCGGGAAAGACCUUCCUCUCAGCCAUGGUGGCACGCCAUAUGGAAGAGAAGAAUCUCCAGGUGGUACACUUCCGCUUCGAUUACAACGACAACGAGCGGAACAGUCCGCUCAGCGCGCUUCGCUCCAUCGCUCUGCGCUUAUUGAAGAUCAGCGCCACUAUUCGUGACGACAUCCCCGACGGGGUCUACGACCUAUAUGAGGCAGAAGCCAAACAUUAUGCCGACCAAUUGACUAAACCCAGGACGGCUAUCGGUAUUAUCAAAGCCUUUCUCAACGACAUUCCACGUGUUCACAUUAUCGUGGACGGGCUGGACGAAUGUCAGCAGAAUGCUGACGAGAGUCUGGACCUGUUGUCUGACCUGUUCUGCUACGCGGCAAACGGCAUUGUGAAAUGGUUCUUCACCAGCCGCAGCGAGCCCCCGAUCCGGAGGACGAUGCAGAACGCGAACGUUGUCGAAAUAUGCCCAUCUAAAGACCAGAUCGAGCGAGAUAUCACCAUCUAUCUAGAAGCGAAGAAAAGCGAGAUGAAGAUCAAGAUGUGUGAGGACUGCGUUGCCCUUAUCACGGCCAAAUCGGACGCCAACUUUCUGUACUCUGCCCUCAUCUUCCGCAUCCUCUGCGACGACACGGGGAUGAGCGAGGAAGAGAGACACGAGCAGCUCUCAAGCUUCCCCGACGGGUUAAAGCACCUUUAUCAACGUUGCAUUGCUAGAAUCGCACAACGGGAUAAAAUCCAUCGAGACUUUGCGAGGCGCAUAUUCGUGUUCAUGGCAUGCGCAGCCCAGCCCUUCACCAUCAACCAGCUGCUGCAUGCUCUGGCGGUCAGACUCGGCCCGGGUCACGACGAAUUUCAGCCCAGCCGUAUCUCGGAGUUCAAGCGUAUUCGUGAUCUCUGCGGCUCCCUCAUCGAGGUAGAGGACGCUGCCGAAGGCCAGAGCGACGGAGACCGCGUCAUCAAGUUCGUCCACAAAUCCGUCUUAGAGUACCUGACGCAGAGCCCGGCAGAAUUGGGGAUUGAGGACAGGGAGUUUCAGAGCUUCUUUGUUGAUAUCAAAGAGGGGAACCGAGAGCUGGGCCGACACUGCUUGGGAUACCUUAACUACCGGCGCUACCAGGGCAAAGUCGAUAUAAGCACGAUGUUGAGCGACAGGGAAGAGCACGCGCUCCUAAAAUACGCAGCGGCAUUCUGGUUCUUGCAUCUCGGGCGGGGCGACCCGUCGCCCGAGCUCUUCGCUGAAGUGAAGUCGUUCCUCCAAAGCCCUGCCUUCUGGACCUGCCUCGCCGCGCAAGCCAAGGCCCACCCGCAUUUGUUCUCUACAUACACCAAGACGGGAUCUGGUUUCGCUGUAGGUCAGCGUGACGUGCUGAUAGGAGAUAGACAGAUCGCAGACAUCUUGCCGCACUGGCUUCCUGGCUGUGCGCCUGACGGGCACAGGUAUACCAAGGCACUCCAGGAGUACAUAGCAGAGUGGAACGGGAUGCUGAAGCUCUCUGACGAACCGUGGGGCCACUGCGUGAUGGACCAGGAGAGCUGUGAACUCUUUGCGGGGUUGAAGUCGGUCGAGUGCGAAAACGUCCGGCUGCAAAAGCUUAUGCCGAUGGGAUUUCCCUCGACAACCUCUCUGACCGACAUCUCCUUCAAGGGAUCAGAUCUUUGUACUCGGAUCGCUUAUCCAAAUGGGAAUGGUAUGGGUUGGUCCGACAUCUCCGCAAAGGUGAUCCAUCGGCCCGAGCAUCAUGUCUUCCAAAAUGUGCACUGCAAAUCUGACUUCGGGGACCGACUUAUUCGAUUUAGUCGUAGCAUCAUACAAAACACGACAGAGAGUCGCAGCGCCUGGUCUAUCAACCUCUACAACAUGUCUAUUGAGUACGAUGGACAAGAAGUAUAUACCGGUCUACCCGACAGGGCAAUCGCUCGGGAUUCGACUACGUGGAACAUGGUUACGCAGUCAGUUUCAACGAUAGAGAACGACACGGCUUACGGGAUCCAUUUCACCGCCUCUUCUCUUUGCAAGUCUUAUAGAGAAGAGAUUGACUCGGCCCAUGGAGACGAUACACCCUCCGAAGAAUCUAGCGAGGACGGCCCUUCAGACCCUGCCGAUGAUUCCGGUCAUCACUCCGACAGCGACCCUGACGAACAUCCGGGCGACAGUGAUACAAAAGCCAAAUAUAGUUGUCUUGUUUUCCUUCGCGAAGGAGAAACUCCUAUCGUGCGUUCGUGGACUAGGGGUCGCGGUCGGCCCCAAGUAUCUUGCGCAUUUCACCCCUUUCAGAAGGUAGCCGUGUGGUCUCAGUCCCCGGGCGAAUUACAAGUCCUCGAUAUGACAACAGGGGAAAUAAGCGUACGGCAGAUUGACGAGCCGGCUGAGUCUAACAGCUCCGCGUCCGCGGUCGUGAGAAGUCUUCACUUUUCUGGUUGCGGCCGGUACCUUGAUUAUCUGCUGAUCACUUACGAAGACGAUGCUACUAAAACUUCGCUCUGUAAUGUAUUCCUGUCAACCUACAAAUACGGGGACAAGGCCGCAACGGAUCCGUUACCAGGUACGGUCCGAAGACUGGUAUAUAAAGUUGGUGAAGCAACGGACGCAUUGCCUGAGCCUUACUUGCUCUCGCACUGGGACACCAACUACGUGUACUUGUGUCUGCCAGACUUUUCACUCUGUCCCAAAAUCGUGCGGUUUAGCCUCAGAUACGACCACUUGGAGGCCUCCGCCGCGGACACAAGCCCGUAUACGAUCCAGACACUAACACAUGCUCUAUUUUUCCCCACUUCGACAGCCAGACGCAGCCCACGGAUCUUAUAUCGCGGCAGCCUCUGCGCCGGAAAGCCGGACCGACUCGUGCUCGCGCUAGACUCGCUACGCCUCUCCGACUCCUCGGGUCAGCGCUUCGAGGCGCCGCCCUUGGUGAUUACGUGGAAGAUCAGCAAGGCGCUGUGGCGGGCGUGGAAUCCGGAGACGGAUCGCGACCCCAACAAAGUCUGGCCCAGCGUGGAGGCGUAUUACGAAAUGCGAGGCGCGUUCCUGGAUCGUACUCGUCGAUUUGAAGUUGUCGUGCGUUCCAGGCUGGACUACACUAAAGAGUCGUUCUUAUCCUGCCUGUAGUACUAGGCACAUGUGUUUACACCGUGAGCAGCUAACAGUCUGAAACCGUUUAAGAAGGUACUUGUUGUUUUGAGUAGGGAACUUAAGCUAUAACAGAAUGGAAUCAAAUCAAGUUACUUAGAAAUAUUUAUCCCCAUUAACGAAGAGCGUUGCAAUGUAACAUACGAGGACUCGCCAGGAACCAGAACAAGAACCGAUGCGACGUAAGGAAUUCCACCUAUAAUAAUACACUCAAAGCCUACAUAACCCACGGGGAGACGUAGGCGGCUGCGUUUUCGCGUAGCAACAAGCCUAACGAGAG